AUGUAUGAGCUCGAUGAGCACUUGGUUGAUGAAGUGUCAAAUGUGAAUGAUACGAAUGUAAUAGAUCAUUCAUCAAUUUCUAUAGAUGGUAAUGACUUAAUGAGUAAUGAAGAUGAGGAAAACGAUGAAAGAGUUAUUGAAAUGAAUGGUAACUUGAGCAACCAUAAUAGCAGUAUUAUUGAUAUCAGCGAUGAAGAGGGUUUACAAACUAAUUUAGAUAGCAAUAAAUACGAAGAUAGGGCACGGGAUUUUGAAGGCUUUGACCUCAGCGAUGAUGAUAUUGAUAAUUUGGAGGAGAUAGAAGGAACAACUUCCUUUGAUGAAGAGCGUAAAACCAACAUGGAAGAACAGAGUUAUGUCAGAUCAUUCAAUGAUACAGAUGUGGAGGAGAAUGUGGAACAAGAUAUAAAAAGCAAGGGGAUUAAUGCAUCGGUCAACCAUGAUUUAGAAAACGUUAUUGAUGUCAAUGAAUCAGAAAGUUCCGAUUUAGAAGAGGUUUUUCAAAAUGAAGAAUCUGCGGUAUUGAGCGAUGUAGAGAAGGAAGGCUUUCCUAGAGAAUCAAAUGCCAAUUGGAAACAGCGAACCUUAAAAGAAGAGGUGCAGAGAAUUCCAACGAAUGUUAUGAGGAUUGAAAAAGAGGUAAACGGAAAAGAGCAGAGCGAUGACCACAUUGUACAAGAAUUUGAGAAAGGUGUAAAUCAAGAGCAAAAGCAACAAGAUGAAGUACGAGGGAAAGGAAACCACGACUUUGAAGAGGGAGAAAGUGGCAUCUCGAAAGGAGAAGAGAUACUGGAUUCAUCAAUAGUAGAAACUAAUGAGGUAGACUCGCAUAAAAAUCUGUCGGAAAAUAGUACUGCUCCUACGUACCAUCUUGAACUGAAGUGCGCUUUUCCAAUAAUGGUGUAUAUUGCUGAUACUGAAUUUUUGUUAGUUCCUUUUGACAAUGAAUCUGUAAUGGAUUUAUCGAAUCUAGUCUCUUUGUAUGAUGAUUGUGAAAGCAUAUUCAAUGCACCAAUUGAAGAAUUUUUUGGACUGAUAAGAAAUAAUGAGGAUCUCAAUGACUACUUCAAUUUCAAAAUUAGCGAAGAGCUUGUAUUGCAAAUUCCUGAAUUAGGGGGGAUUUAUAUAACCGAAGAUAAUAUUUAUUCCCGUGAUAUAACUAUUGGCGAUUUCAUUAAGGCAUUUGAAGGGCUAAGUACAAACUCAGAAGAAGGCAUAAUACCCGCUUCUAUUUCUUUGAAUGUCACCUCGCAAACUAGAUUCAUCACUAAUUUUAAUCAAAUUACUGAAUUAAUCAGAUCUGGAAAAGGCUUCAAAGAUAUUGUGAACCAAAAUGAUGUCUUGCAAGAAAAAGUCGAAUACUCAUCCAAACGACAGCAUUUUGAAGAACCUGACUCUCAAGACAAAGAAGCUCUGAGGCAACUUAAGCGUAGUAAAAUAUCAGUUACGAAUGUAUAG